AAAAUUAUCGCUAAGUAUAUAGAAAUGGUUAAUAAAUAACAAACGCUCCCACUUAAUCAAGAGCAAAGUGUACGAACAAAUAGACUUAGUUUACUGUCGCUAUGGGUAACCAGGGACCUUACACUAUGAAUGGUAAAAGCAAUAAGCAGCCAUUGGAAAUACAACUUACAUGUUAUUGGCGAUAAAACCAUAUGCAUAUUUAACUGAAUGGUUAAAACAAGGUUUACACAUGUUUGUUAAAUCUGCUACUGGAUUUACUGGAAGAAUGAAUUAUCUAAUAGUCUAAUCAACAGAUGUUAAACUAAAAUGGAACUUUUAAAAAGUUUAGUUCUUGAGGAAAAUGAUCUCGUCCAUGAUAUACUUGGAGGGAAAUGUCGCCUGCAGGAUGUACCUGAUAUCCCAGCAAAGGUUGUCAGGGUCUACAUGAGUGCUACGUGGACUGAUACAGUUCAAGAACGAAAUGCAUUGGUGGAGAGGGUUUAUCCAAAAUUACGAGAAUAUUGCCGUGAAAAAUAUGGCCACGAUUUCCAGGUUGUUGACCUACGAUGGGGUGUACAGGAGAGUUGGUGGAACGACCACUCUGCCUUACAAUUACACAUUAAAGAAAUACAAAGAUGCAAACAACUGUCUUCCGGUCCAAACUUCAUGGUACUUUUUGGUCAGAGAUAUGGUCGACGGCCUUUACCAGCCCGUAUAGUUGGUGCAGAAUAUGACAUCAUCAGGGACUGUUUGUUACAUCACAAGAACCGAGAUACAAGAGAGCAAGGACAACUGGACAUCUGGUAUAAGAAAGAUACGAACGCCAACCCACAUGUCUACAUUCUGCAACCAAUUAACAGUGUCAUUACAGACUUCAAUAAUAAUGAUAACGAGGAAAUGCAAAAGCAAGGAAAAGAAAGAUGGGAGGGUGUCCAAACUACAUUGAGAAAACUCCUACAGCUUGGUGUCGAGUAUGCUAUUACUGAAGAAAAAUUACCCGCAGAAUCGAAACACAAAUAUUGUAUAUCUGAACUAGAAAGUGAAGUAAUCGAAGGCAUUGGUAAAGCGUCUACAGCCCAACACGAGUGCCAGGUCUUUGUACGAAAAAUAGUCGACCUAAAAAAUUACAUCAAUGAACCAAUAACCCCGAAGUUCAUGGAAGUCACAUACGAUGAUAAAGAAGAGAAGACCAAGAUUGAUAGUGAAGUUCAAGAUCUUCUCACUGAUUUAAUUGAGAACAAGCUCCAGAAAUGGUCUGCCACCGAAACAAUUCAGACAUUUCAAGUUUUGUGGAGAUUUGAAGGAGGGAUUAACCCAACCCUCCACAAGUCUUACUUAGAUCAGUUUAGCAAUACCGCUCAUGAAUGCCUACAAAGACUAAUCGAUGACGUGGUUACUAAGCAAACCGACAUAUCCAGUCCAUUCCCAGUGUUUGAUGAAGUCAGACAACACAUGCUGCAUUACAAAAACUGCUGCCAAAGUUUUUUUGGUCGAGAGGACAUCCUGGACAAAAUUCACUCAUAUAUUCUAUAUGAAGGUGACACGCAACCGUUGGUCCUUUACGGCGAUGCAGGUUCCGGGAAAAGUGCUAUCAUUGGAAAGGCCAUAGAUGAGAUUGGCGAGUGUCUCCAAAAUGUCACUGUGAUCGUACGACAAAUCGGUUUAACACCUGCUAGCUCAGAUAUUCGACAAAUACUCCACAAUAUCUGCACCCAGCUGGCGUGUCUCUUCGGAUUUGACGUGUCAAAAAUACCGGCGGAAUACAAGGAUCUUUUGUCCUACUUUCAAGAACGACUCAGAUCCUUCCCCGAGGACCAAUAUUUGGUUAUUUUGUUGGACAACCUCGAUGUUCUUGCCCAGGAAUACAAUGCCCAUUUCCUCUACUGGAUACCAAAGAACUUGAACUUCAAUGUGAAGAUUAUUGUGACGACAUCCACUCCAGAUGAAACACAGAUACUUCAUCGUCUCCAGAACGAAGUCAUCAAAGAUGGUUCCAGCUUUGUCCAUGUGGACAAUUUAAGUGUUACAGACUGUACUGAUCUUUUACAAACUCUUUUGAACGUUGAUCAGCGCUCACUUACCAUGGAACAAACGAGUGCAGUACAGAAAGCAUUUGCAAAAUGUGGCCUUCCUUUAUUUGUCAAGCUCGUAGCAAACGGUGUAAAGACAUUAAGUUCGUAUGAGAAAAUCGAGGAAAUACCAUAUAGCGACUGCACGUCGUUCAUCAAUGCUAUGUUUGAUCGACUAGAGCUUAAACAUGGUUCCAUACUGACUUCGCACGCAAUAGCAUAUAUAGCAGCGUCGCACACAGGACUUAGUGAUUGUGAGAUAGAAGAUCUUCUAUCCCUUGAUGAAGUUGUUAUGAAUGAGGUUCUCAAAACGUCCACACCAACAGUGCGUCGUUUACCACCACUUCUCUGGCUUCACUUGCGAAGUGACAUUGAUGCGUUUAUGGUCCAAAAAGAAGCUGAUGGUGUUACUGUGUUUGAUUUCAGUCACCGUUUGUUUUGUGAAACCAUCAAACAGAGGUAUCUUUCCGCUGAUAAGGUAAUUAAGGACACACAUUCUUGUCUCGCUGACUACUUCCUAGGUACUUGGCAUGGUACACCUAAACCCUACGACAUCAUAGAUGAAGAAAAUGCGACACUCACUUUUAAUGAGCAACCGCAUGGUGAGGCUGAUCGAUUCGUACCAUCCCAGCCCCUGACAUUCCAAAGCAGUGAAGGGACCACUCGUUUCAACAAACGGAAGUACGAUCAAGUGCCACUCCAUUUGCUUAUGUCAGGGAGGCGAAAGGAGCUAAACCAACUGGUUCUUUUUAACUACGAGUGGCUUUAUAACAAGAUGAAAGCAUUAUCUCUUCAGCAUAUCAUUCAAGAUUUCGCCCUCAACCCAAGUACAGAAGCCAGUCUGCUUGAAGAUGCUAUGCGAGGCGCUCAACCAAUCAUAGAGAGUAACAUCGACAAUAUGGCUAUAGAAAUAUCCGGGCGAUUGAUGACAUACUAUGCCACACAUUCAAAUAUACGAGACUUAAUUCGACAGUGUGACAAAGAUGGCCUGAAGAGAUGUGCCCUCAUUCCAAAUUUCCCAUACCACCAAAUUCCCGGCAGUCCUUUACAAUAUACCAUACAAACGUCAUCAAGUAUCCAGGAUUUCUUCUUGACGUCCGAUUCCCGAUAUCUCCUUGCGAAAGCAAGAAACAUUGCCAAUGUCCACGUCCUUGAUAUUGCAACCGGAGAGCACAAGAAUGACAUUAUUGCAUCAAGCGGCGACAUGUUUACAACACCAGAUGGCAACUAUCUUGUUAUUGUCGACCACGUCACGGAGAAAACUGUGAAGGUACACAAAGCUAACAGUGGAGAAUUUCUGGGACAGUUGAUUCCAAUGAAUCAUAUUCAACUCUCUCCAAAGGAAAAAUACAAAAUGAACUGUAUCAGUGUUUCCAAUGAUUUCAUCUGCUUGAUCGUCACCACAGAGUCCAGUUAUCUAUGUAUAGCAGAUGUACACACGUGUAAAUUUUUACAAAUUCUUGGACUUGAUGGGAAAACCACCAUAUGUGAGAUUACGCCAGAUUCCAAAUGUGUUUUCUGCAAUUCAAAUGAGCACUUGAUGUCAUAUGAUCUUACAUCACUGGUUCACAUCUCAACGAUUCCACUUGAGUACAAACCAUCUGGUAUUAUAUAUUCUAAGGACAGUACUAGGGCGUUCGUUUUUACCCCAACAGAAAACAAAGUCAUGGUUGCCCAUAUCAACAAUGGCUAUGUUGAACUUACGUACAAAAUUGCGUUUGAAGACUGCCUCCCUGAUGAUCGUAUCAAACAUCUCAAGUUAUCCAACAAUGAGCAGUAUCUCUUGGUCCGUGGGUUAAACAACAUUGCGCUCUACAACAUGGAGAUCCAACAGCUGGUACAUCGAUUCCAAAGGCCAAACGACAUUCCAAAAGAGUUCAAGCUGCCAAAGUCACACUACACUGACAUCGCCUUCACACAAGCAGAUUUCUCACGUGAAGACAAAUUCGUACUGCUCUCUAUAUUCAGAAAUGUCUAUGUCUACAGUAUCUCUAAUGGGAAGUUGAUCACAACGCUUCAAGCCCCCGUCGGUAUUAUUGCUGAUAUGAUGAUUCCAAAGCAUAGCAAGCAGAUUUUGACACACCUACAGGAUUCCUGUGCCAUACAUGUUUGGAAUUUCGAAGCAGCAAUCAACCAAAGUCGACUUCUAGAUAAACUCACUGGAUCCGUAGCUGAAAUUCAGUUCACCGAGGAUGCCAGUCAAGCGUUUGUAAGAUGCCAUGACAGUGACGAGGUCGGUGUGAUUGAUAUGACAACCGGUCAACUCCAGGAUUUGUUGACCCACGAGAGUCCAGUAACAGAUCUAGCAAUAUCACCAAAUGGAGAGUAUACCCUUGUGUCCCUGAAGCCAAAGAAACCAAAUUGCAGUAACAAGAUAUGGUAUCUUGGCGACAGGAAGGUGAUCAAGGAAUUCGGUAAUGUAGGGGGACAUUGUAUCUCUUUCACAAACAAGGACUCAAUUGCUCAUGUAUGCCAGAAAGAGAUGAAUUUCAAAGAACCUUAUCACAUCACUUUGUAUUCGUUUGAUGGUGAAAGGGUGAUAGAGAAAACCUUGAAAGAGCCGAUCAAGUAUGUGCUGAUCAAGCCCUUCAUUACACCAGAGGAUAAAUACCUGGUGAUCAUCAGUGCAGACGACUAUGACCAAAUGAACGCCCAUCACAGUAGGCCUACAAUAUGUGCAGUCAGUAUGGAGGAACGUGACUUCCCAUUGAAUAAGUUUAACGCCAAAGACUUUACAGCAUUCCAGCAUGUAAAACGUAUCCUCCACGCCCGUCCCAUUCCCAUGAAUCCUUACUCCAUCCUCGUUCUAUUUAACAACGAGUUUGAACCAGAGGAUCGUGAUCUCAUGCAAAGAGAACGCUCAACACUGAACGAUAGCGUAUAUGUGAAAUACAAUGGAUUCUUGAUCUUAGAUAUCAGAAGUGGAGUAGUUACCCAAAUAUGUGACAACUUUUUGGCCCAAUCAUCUCCCACCGAUGAUCGCAUCCUAUUCAGCAAAGAUACAAAAUUCUGUCUAGACAACCUCUCAAAUGUAUACGACACAACCAAUGGUUAUUUCGUUAAAAAUGUCCAUCCACAAGAACGUCAACCGAAGAAGAUUGCUUUAAACGGUGAGGUCAUCGUGUACUGCGAGGGGCAAGAAGUGAUCAUCAUCCAGAGAUCGUCUGCGAAAGAAAUAGCAAGAUGCGAUGUUCAUAGUGUUAUAUCAUGUGUUGAACUUUGUGAGGAUCAACGGACACUUGUGAUAGGAUGUGAAGAUGGUACCAUAGUAUCAUACGUCAUCAUUGAUGAGGAACGAGAUGCCAUAGAUGAAGUUCUCGCUAAAGUUCCAAGCAGGGCACAAGAAUUAGAGGCCGUGGAUGACGGCAGGAUGUCAAGAACCUGGGAUAAAGUGGACCAAGGGGACGAUCCGCCAUAUUCAAGACCUCCCUCAGUAUUGAGUCUGGGUCCAAGAGAUAAGGAGAGAUUAAGGAAAGUGAAACCUGUACCCAGAACACGGCCCCAGUCGGACACUGUACUGUAUAUAAACCAAACCUCGAAAACAUGUUCAAUAAUGUAAAAUAUAGAUUACUCAGAUAGCAAAAAUACUCAUUGGUUUGCUAAUAAAUGUCCAUGUUAUUCAGUAAUCUGAAAUGGAUAUGUGUUACUUUUGACUAGACAUAUCCACAUUUUAUACAAACCCAACUAUUUAUGGUGGAUUGAUGUUUUUUCAAUAAUGUAGGUGCUAAUUUGAGCCAUCAGAGGAUAUGAUCUAAAUUGUAAAAUAUUGAACAUUUAAUGUAUAUUAUUGUAAAAAAUUAUGAAAGUUGAAAUAUAUUUUAAAAUGAUAUAACUUGUUGCGUUUUUCGCCACUUGAAAUCGUAUGAACAUCUCGAUUAAAUCAAUACUCCUGCAUAAUAAUUAGAAUUGCCAGUUUCAUUUCAAAGGGUUCAAAAUUAUGUUUUAUCUAAAAUUACAAUUGCAGUUUCAAAUCCCAAGUAUACACCGUUUCUCAAAAAUUUAGUUAUGUCAAAGAAAUAAGAUCACGGGGAAAUAAGUAAGUAAGUAAAGCGUUAUUUUACCAAGAUAUAUUAAAACUUUUAAUCAGACAAAGUUAAUCACCCCAAACAAUAGCUAAAUCAAUUAUUUUUCUGCAGAAAUCUAAAACCAGCAUCCACCAACCAAUUAUGAAAUUGAUGAAAUCUAAAAGGGGAAAAAACACUAGAAUCUGAAAAUAGCCAAUAGCCAUGCUUGGUUGUAAUUUCAGAAAUACAGAUUGUUAGAAGUACUGUGAUCCUUGGAAUUUGAUAUAUCAGGCCUAGCUAUGUGUGAAUUAUAUUUUAUUCAUACAUGACAGGUAAAACCUUACAUUUUGAAUUUGAUGUAUUUUUGUUAUUUGUUUUAUGAUUAUUGUGGCCAAUUUAUGGUAUCUGCGGAGUGUUGAUAGCCAAGGGUUGAUAGUCAUGUUCGGGUGAAUGUCAACAGGGCACCAAACACAUUGUUUCUUAUUGGGGGAGCACCGAUGUGCCACAACCGAAGAUGUUUAUAUCACAAAGAUGCCGUAAAUGCUUGAAGGAACCGAUGUAAAGAGCGGUCCAAAAAUCGUUACCAG